UUGCGCCGUUCCGUUGCGCUCGCCGCUAGGGGUUGGCCGUGACGGUGCGCGAGACAAGGGAAGUUUUCCCGUGGUCCCCACCGCCCGAGGCUGGAUGGUUGGUUCCCCCCCCCCCCCGUUCUUCAGCUGUUUGCAUUGUUUGAUGUCAAACAUUGGGCGCAAACAAGCGGGGGAGCGAAGAGGGCGGCGACGGUAAGCGUUGCGGAGCGGGCGAUCCUCUGUUGGUGCGUCGCGACGCUGGGCGGGACCGAGACGUCUAGGGGCGGUACGAACCGACGGUAUAUAAGGCCCCUCCGAACGCGGGGAGACGGCAUAGUCGCGUUAACGUUCGUACCGUUCGCAUCCUACGUUCGACCGUGGGAGGUAGACUUUCUUGAGACAAACAAAAAAGAAAAAAACAGUCAGCGAGAAAAUUACCAAUCGCCAGAUAUUCGCGGGAUCGAAUUACGCAGUAAUCCCAAAUUAUCGACCAGUUAAACAGUGAAGAACGGUUAGUGUCGAAUCGUCGCGACACCGUCGAAAUAAAAUUUAAAAUUGACAACACGGACAAAAUCAAAAGUGAUAUUAUAAUCUUAGGCGUUCAGUGCUUCGGUUGUUUGACAAUUUUGUCAAGGCGAUAGACUACAGAACUAUUAUUAUCGAUUGUUGAAAAUGGUGCAACAGUGAUCCACAUGAAGCUGUACAGAUGCGAAACCGUACCUAACAUUCACCCCGUGGCGUAACAGGGUAACAGAAAGAUAUUCCAACUCUGGAUGAACAACUGUGGAGUGAACUGGAAAAAUCAAGUGCCAAUGCCUCCGAUUGCUAACGCUGGAUUUCGUUGAUUAGACAGAGCGACAUUUUUCUGAAACCUCACCACUGUAUAUUCGAGACUCCGCGAGAACGAUCUCCGGAGAUUUCGACGCCUGGUUGAGCGACGACGCCACAGACGGGAUCGUCAUUAUGGUGAACAUGGAGGGAUCCGGUGAGCACACCGUGACCGUCUCACCGCCACCCCCUCGAGCGACCCUCAAGUCGAGCUUCAGCAUCCGCAGCAUCCUCCCCGAGGCCUGCGCCGUCACCCCGGCCGGACCCCAGAGUCUCACCCCGACCAGUCAAUCACCGAGUCCCAUCCCCGACGUAAACGCGGAAGACACGGACGACGGCAGCGAUCUCGACGUGACGGGUUGCGACGGAGCUGACACUCCGCCGUUGGAUUGCUCUAGAGGAAGUUCGGGCGGCAGUCCGACGUCCAGAAAGGAUCAGGACCUCGGUCGCGGCGACGCUGAGGACAAGAAGAAAUCGGAGAAACCACCCUACAGCUACAACGCCCUGAUAAUGAUGGCGAUUCGUCAGAGUCCCGAGAAACGUUUGACGCUCAAUGGAAUCUACGAGUACAUAAUGCGUCACUUCCCCUAUUACCGGGACAACAAACAAGGCUGGCAGAAUUCCAUCAGGCACAAUCUCUCGCUGAACAAGUGCUUCGUCAAAGUCCCGAGGCACUACGACGACCCGGGCAAGGGUAACUACUGGAUGCUGGACCCGAGCAGCGAGGACGUCUUCAUCGGGGGCACAACCGGGAAGCUCAGAAGACGAACGACCGCGGCGUCCAGGUCGAGACUCGCGGCGUUCAAAAGGAGCGUGGUGCUCGGCGGGCUCAACGGACUCCAGGGGCUCAACGGUCUCUACCCAGGUCUGAACCACCCGCCCUACGUGACCCCCGCAUGGCCACCCUCCAUCUACGCGCUUCCUUAUCUCCACCGCGCCGGAUACACCGCCUCCGCCGGACCCUAUUCGACGCCCUCCGGAUACCCGGCGAGCCUCCUGCCCGGCUCGGCGGCGACGAAUUCCGCGAGCUUACCCUGCAAACCUCAACCGCUACCCGCCGCCGCGGCACCCCCGGCCCACGGCGCCUUCUCCAUGGAGAGGCUCCUGCAGGCACCCACCUCCGCGUACCACCCCGCUGCGGCGACCUCCGCGGGGGCCUACGACUUUUAUUCGACCCUCAGGACCCUCGCCGCUCAUCAGCAGCACCAACAGCAACAGGCCGUUCUCCAGCAACAACAGCAACAACAACAACAACAACACCAACAACAACAACAGCAACACCAACAUCAUCAGCAGCAGCAGCAGAGAUAUCAGCAGCAGCAACACCAUCACCACCAGCACCACCACGUUUCGCAGAGCGGCGCGGUCCUACCCGUAAGCCAAACACCGUCCACCACCGCGUCGCCCGGAAGUAGUCCGGAACCACCUUCCCCCCAUUCGCCGAACUCGCACCAGAGGCAAUCCCUCCGUCCUGCCCACCCCCGGAGCCCACCCCAACUCCUGCUCAAACCGAUAACCGUACUCACCGCGCGGCACAGCUGAAUGUCCAACGAUUAGCCAGCCACCUUUUGUGGACAAUAUUACGAACAAUAAUUCCACGGCUCAGUGUUGUUCGGAAAUUCGUGCGGCGGCAACUGAUUACGACCGAGUCUGGGUAUCGGUUGCGGUGGCUCGUGGCCCCCCAGUGAAUUCGACUACGAAGGGACGGACGAACCGAGUUGUACGUGUUACGCCAUUGUAUACCUGAAACACAUGUUACGUUCCAACGGUCGCGACGCACCACAUCGACAUCAGCAUUAUCUGUCGCAUGACACAUUGUUGCACAAUGCGCGUGUUGCAUAGAUUUGCGAAAUAUGCGAAGAGCCGACGAACGUACACGGUAAUGACACAUUGUAAAUACACGCGUGUAUACAGUGCUGAUAGAUCCGCAAGUGAUAUACGAUCGUACAUAGUUUUCGUGUAAAUAGAAUAUUACGAAAUUUACGUAUACGAUUUGUGAUCUCCCCACGUGAAAGGACUAAUAUCGGUAUACAUAGAUAUACAUACAUAUAUAUAUAUAUAAAUAUAUAGGCAUAAUUACGCUGUACUUGUAACAAAUUUAAUUGUAGUUAGCCAAAUAUUAACUUAAAACGUAAAGCAAAAAAUGAACAACGCGGGUAUCGCGCGCCAUUACACAACAGAUAUAUACAUAGGUAUAGGUAUAUGUACAAAUUCAUUAUACGUAUAUUAUAAAAAUUGGAUAGUUCGGUAUAUUGUGUACAUAUCAUUUUUUGUUAUAUAUCUAGAUCGGCAGAAAACCCGGCGUAAUCACUCGAUUGAACUGAAUAGAUUUUAUCGUUCGCGAGAUGACGAGUUCUUAAUUUUCCCCCAUAUUGAAUUCAUUUUUCACCGUAUCGCGUUACACGCCACAAACCCUUUCGAUAUUCGUUACAGUUUCUGCUCUAAAUUUCAUCCAACAAUUGUGUACUAAAUUCAGCAAAUCUCUACUGUUACCCAUAGAAACUGUUCAGCGAAUCUUGUUAUUGUGAAUCGAUUUUGGUAUCUGUACUAUAUACUGUACGGUAUAUAGUAGGUGGCUCUAGUAUUUACGAAUCUCUCAUAUACCUAUACACCUUACGAUAUAUGUAUAUUAUAUACACAAGUAUGUAUAAUAUAUAGAUAUAUACACAACACAUAAUACUAUAUUAUAUUGUUUGUACAAAAUAAAAGAUUAUACGUUAUAAUAAUUGAACACUAUAGAUGAAGAGAAAUAUGAUGAUUGCGAAAUAAAUGUCGAAAUCUUUUAAUAUAACGAUGUGUCG